AAAACCUUCCUUGAAUUGAAACACAAAUAUAUCUCCACACCUACUAAACAUACUACACCUAAGAUGGCAAAAACAGGUUACAUAAAUGCUGCUUUCCGUUCUUCAAAGAACAAUGAAGCUUACUUUUUCAUCAAUGAUCAGUACGUGCUGUUAGAUUAUGCUCCAGGAACCACCAACGAUAAACUUUUAUACGGGCCUACUCCUGUUCGCGAAGGUUUCAAAUCACUUAAUCAAACCAUAUUUGGAAGCUACGGUAUCGAUUGCAGCUUCGACACCGAUAACAACGAGGCAUUCAUCUUUUAUGAAAACUUUUGCGCUCUCAUAGACUACGCUCCACAUUCCAACAGAGACAAAAUCAUCUCAGGUCCUAAAAAAAUCGCUGACAUGUUUCCUUUUUUCGAAGGAACCGUGUUUGAAAACGGAAUAGACGCGGCCUACCGAUCAACUAGGGGCAAAGAAGUUUACUUGUUCAAAGGAGAUCAGUAUGCUCGUAUCGACUACGGAACCAACAGUAUGGUUAAUAAAGAUAUUAAGAAAAUUACUGACGGUUUUCCUUGUUUCCGUAACACUAUCUUUGAAAGUGGAAUGGAUGCUGCGUUUGCUUCUCACAAGACUAAUGAAGUUUACUUUUUCAAAGAUGAAUACUAUGCACGUGUUACUGUUACCCCUGGUGCAACUGAUGAUUAUAUUAUGGGUGAUGUGAGGAAAACUGUUGACUAUUGGCCAUCUCUUCGUGGCGUAAUACCUCUUGAGAAUUAACUGAAGGUGGGAUAUGGUUUGAUCAUCAUGCAAGUAUACUACUAUGAUAAUAAGGAAUAAAGAUCAAUGUUGUUGUGUAUUUUUUUUUUCUUUUUUCUUUCUGUAAUAUGUAUGUGUCUCGUUGUUUGCUUAUGUUUCUUGAUGUAAUAAAAGUGUGGCUCUUGGUUGUUUUCCACACUAUGCAGUGUGAUUAUAAUAAAAACAUUUGCUACUUAAAAA